AUGGGCAGUGCUGGGGUCCCCCUGCUGUUACUGGUGGGGGUGCUGGCCCAGAACCCUGGAAGCGAAGAGGGGAAGAAACUUCCUGUCCAUUUCUUGUACCAGGAGAAGACCGACUGUUUUUUCCUUGAGGGGACACAGCAGGUGCGUUACCUGGACAGGUACUUCUACGAUCGGCAAGAGUUUGUCCGCUUCGACAGCCGCCUCGGGAGACACAUGGCCGUCACGGAGCUGGGGCAGCUGGAGGCCAAGGAGUGGAACGCCAACAAGCUCAUUCUGAUGAUGAAGAGGGCCGAAGUGGAUCGCUUCUGUGGGCACAACUACGAGGUGGCCAAGAUGGGGCUCGUGGUUGGCCGGAGAGCCAAGCCCACCGUCUCCAUCUCCCCCACCAAGCUGGACCCCGCUUCCCCCCCCACCAUCCUCCUUUGCAUUGUGAGGGGCUUCUACCCCGUGGAGAUCGAGGUCCGGUGGCUGAAGAACGGGCAGCCAGAGGAGGAGGGUGUGGCCUUUGGGGAGGAGCUCCAGAACGGAGACUGGACCUACCAGCUCCAGGUGAUGCUGGAGACCCAGCCCCAGCGGGGGGACGUCUACACCUGCCAGGUGGGGCACGCCAGCCUGGAGGCCCCCAUCACCGUCCAGUGGGAGCCCCGUUCCUCCAACUCGGCCAGGAGCAAACUCUGGACGGGGAUCGUGGCAGCCAUGAUCGGGGUGAUCUUCUUCACCAUGGGGCUCUCCCUCUACCUGAAGAGCAAGAAAG